AGAGAGAGAGAGUGUGUGUGUGUUCAGGGGAGGAGCAGAGAGAGGGAGACACAGAAUCCGAAGCAGGCUCCAGGCCCUGAGCUGUCAGCACAGAGCCCGACACGGGGCUCAAACUCACCAACCGUGAAAUCAUGACCUGCGCCGAAGUCGGGCGCUUAACCAACUGAGCCACCCAGGCGCCCCAAGGAAGGGCCACUUUAGAUGGGACACCCACGGGAGACCUCUCUAAUGAGGCUCCGUGUUUUGUGACCCCCAGGUCCCAAACUUUCCAGCUGUAAACAGUUCUACCCCUUUCAGUGUAGGUCCCAGUCUUGAGUUUGGAAAAUCUGGCCACAGAGCACCUAUCCGUUCUCUUUUGGGAGAACUCACCGAUUGGUUCCCCAUUCAGUGUUUGAGCCUCUGCAGCUGGAUCUGUGGCCUGGGGCCUUUUGCAGGCCUCCUGGGCCUGCUGGGGUUCGUGCUCCCCUCGGAGCACUCCCGCAGGAGAACUGCCACUGAAGGGAGGAGGGAGGGUGGUUGGUUUCUAGCCGUGCCCAUUGUGCUUCAGCGCUGCCCUGAGCAUUCCGGUUCCUAAGGAACUGGAAGUAAUUUCUCUCUCAGUGAGACCGUGGCACGCGGCAAUCCCCCGAUUCCCUGCAUGCAGUGUUUCAGGGACUGGUCGCGGCCACAUGAAAGCUGGGCAGCCGGGGCAGCCCCAGGUUGUGCAAUGGCAUUUGAGCCCCAGAGCAGUCGACCUGACCGCGUCGUCCCUCGCGGGGUCUAAUACGGAUUUUUAAAUGACCGUCUCAGUCUGCCACAUUGGACAAGAGGAACCCAAACUGAUCAGUGAGGAAAGCUGCUGAGUAGAAGGGCAGGCCGCCUGUGACUCACCUGUCAUGUUCUUUGCUGACCCACUUUUAUUUGACCUUGAUUUGCUCAGUGCAGUUAAAGACGCUGUCGUGAAGGCACUUUUGCCGCCUGAUGGAAGUCCGGCGUGUGACAGCCCAGGAUCUCAGGCACACGCGUGACCCAGGCAGAUGGACGGAUGGACAGCGUUCCCAGCCUCGGGCAGGCAGACAUCAAGACGGGCCAGUGGCCGCCACGUGCUCAAGUAGACAGGGCUGUGUUUCCGGAAGAAGUUGACUGCCCGAAAGGAAACUGCAAAACAUGAAAAUCGCUUUGAGGUGACCGAUAAGCCCCGUGGCCCCUUGCUUCUCCCGCAGUGGAUCUGAGCUUUAAGAACUCUAACUUCAGAUGAAGCAACUUGAGCCCAGGGAGAGGGAGUGAGCGCCCGGGUCACGUGGUGUGGAGCUCGGCCCGUCCGCGGGCAGUGCGCGGCCCUCUCAACUCGGCUUGGACUUGGAGUCCCUCGCAAGGUCCCGACCUCCAAUGGCCGACCAGAGAAUGGACAUUUCUUCAACAAUCAGUGACUUCAUGUCCCCGGGCACCACCGACCUCCUCUCCAGCCCCCUGGGCCCCGGCGGCACGGAUUGCAACCGCAAGCGGAAAGGCAGCUCCACCGACUACCAACUUGAUGACUUUUCUUUUGAAGAAAGCAUGGACACGGACAAAGAUGACCCUCACGGAAGGUUAGAAUAUACAGAGCACCAAGGAAGGAUCAAAAAUGCAAGGGAAGCUCACAGCCAGAUUGAAAAGAGGCGUCGGGACAAAAUGAACAGUUUUAUUGACGAAUUGGCGUCUUUGGUACCUACGUGCAAUGCCAUGUCCAGGAAAUUAGAUAAGCUCACUGUGCUAAGGAUGGCUGUUCAGCACAUGAAAACAUUACGAGGUGCCACCAAUCCAUACACAGAAGCGAACUACAAACCAACUUUUCUGUCAGAUGAUGAAUUGAAACACCUCAUUCUCAGGGCAGCAGAUGGAUUUUUGUUUGUCGUAGGAUGUGACCGAGGGAAGAUACUCUUUGUCUCAGAGUCUGUCUUCAAGAUCCUCAACUACAGCCAGAACGAUCUGAUUGGCCAGAGUUUGUUUGACUACCUGCACCCUAAAGAUAUCGCCAAAGUGAAGGAGCAGCUCUCCUCCUCGGACACGGCGCCCCGGGAGCGGCUCAUAGAUGCAAAAACUGGACUUCCAGUUAAGACAGAUAUAACCCCUGGGCCGUCUCGAUUAUGUUCUGGAGCACGACGUUCUUUCUUCUGUAGGAUGAAGUGUAACAGGCCUUCGGUAAAGGUUGAAGACAAGGAUUUCCCCUCUACCUGCUCAAAGAAAAAAGCAGAUCGAAAGAGCUUCUGCACCAUCCACAGCACAGGGUAUCUGAAGAGCUGGCCGCCCACAAAGAUGGGGCUGGAUGAAGACAGUGAACCAGACAACGAGGGCUGUAAUCUCAGCUGCCUGGUCGCAAUUGGACGACUACAUUCUCACGUGGUUCCACAGCCGGUGAACGGGGAAAUCAGGGUGAAGUCUAUGGAAUAUGUGUCUCGGCACGCGAUAGACGGGAAGUUUGUUUUUGUAGACCAGAGGGCAACAGCUAUUUUGGCAUAUUUACCGCAAGAACUUCUAGGCACAUCAUGUUAUGAAUAUUUUCACCAAGAUGACAUAGGACAUCUCGCAGAAUGUCAUAGGCAAGUUUUACAGACAAGAGAAAAGAUUACGACUAAUUGCUAUAAGUUUAAAAUCAAAGAUGGUUCUUUCAUCACGCUGCGGAGUCGAUGGUUCAGUUUCAUGAACCCUUGGACCAAGGAAGUAGAAUACAUCGUCUCAACCAACACUGUUGUUUUAGCCAACGUCCUGGAAGGCGGGGACCCAACCUUCCCGCAGCUCACAGCGUCCCCCCACAGCAUGGACAGCAUGCUGCCCUCUGGAGAAGAUUCCUUUGUUGUAGGUGGCCCAAAGAGGACCCACCCCACUGUUCCAGGGAUUCCAGGGGGAACCAGGGCUGGGGCAGGCAAAAUAGGUCGAAUGAUUGCUGAAGAAAUCAUGGAGAUCCACAGAAUAAGAGGGUCAUCGCCUUCCAGUUGUGGCUCCAGCCCAUUAAAUAUCACAAGUACACCUCCCCCUGAUGCCUCUUCUCCAGGAGGCAAAAAGAUUUUAAAUGGAGGGACUCCAGACAUUCCUUCCAGUGGCCUACUACCAGGGCAGGCUCAGGAAAACCCAGGUUAUCCAUAUUCUGAUAGUUCCUCUAUUCUUGGUGAGAACCCUCACAUAGGCAUAGACAUGAUAGAAAACGACCAAGGCUCAAGCAGUCCCAGCAAUGAUGAAGCAGCAAUGGCCGUCAUAAUGAGUCUCUUGGAAGCAGAUGCUGGGCUGGGAGGUCCCGUUGACUUCAGUGACUUGCCAUGGCCGCUGUAAACACUACAUGUUGCUUUGGCAACAGCUACAGUAUCAAAGUGCAUUACUGGUGGAGUUUUACAGUCUGUGAAGCUUACUGGAUAAGGAGAGAACAGCUUUUAUGUACUGUCCUCAUAAAAGCCACCUCAGAGCCAUUGAUACAAGUCAAUCUUACUAUGUGUAACUUCAGACAAAGUGGAACUAAGCCUGCUCCAGUGUUUUCUCAUCAUUGAUUAUUGGGCCAGCUGUGGAUAGCUUGCAUUAAUUGUAUAUUUUGGAUUCUGUUUGUGUUGAAUUUUUUAAUCAUCGUGCACAGAAGCAUCAUUGGUAGCUUUUAUAUGCAAAUGGUCAUUUCAGAUGUAUGGUGUUUUUACACUACAAAGAAGUCCCCCAUGUGGAUAUUUCUUAUACUAAUUGUAUCAUAAAGCUGUUUAUUCUUCCUUGUAAGAAUCCUUUACUAUAAAUAUGGGUUAAAGUAUAAUGUAUUAGACAGUUAAAUAUUUUUAAUAAAUGUUUCCCUUGUUCUAUAAA